AUGCUCGUCAAAUCAUUCCUCGCCCUUGUGGCCGCCACGGGCGCCAUCGCUGCGCCUGCUGUUGACGGCGCAUCCUCGUUCCAGCAGCUCGUGGACCGCUCAACCCCUACCGGCACCGGCACGAACAACGGCUUUUUCUACUCCUUCUACAACUCCGGCGCCGACAGCACCGUGACAUACAACAACAAGGCCGCUGGCGAGUUCAGCGUGGACUGGUCAAACUGCGACAACUUCGUCGCAGGCAAGGGCUGGCAAACCGGCAGUGACCGGUCCAUCAAGUACAGCGGCACAUGGAACGCCGCCAAGGUCAACAGCUACGUCUCCGUCUACGGCUGGACGACGAGCCCCCUCGUCGAGUACUACAUCGUCGAGAGCUUCGGCGACUACAACCCCAGCUCGGGAGCCUCCAAGAUCUCCUCGGUCACAACCGACGGCGACACAUACGACAUCUACAAGACCCAGCGCGUCAACCAGCCCAGCAUCCAGGGCACCGCCACCUUCGACCAGUACUGGUCCGUCCGCCGCAACCACCGCGUCGGCGGCACCGUCACCGUCAAGAACCACUUCGACGCAUGGGCGAAGGCCGGCCUGACCCUGGGCUCGCACGACUACCAGAUCCUCGCCGUCGAGGGCUACAAGAGCAGCGGAUCCGCUGACAUCACCGUCUCCGCCGCCUAA